AUGCUCAAGGCGUGGCUGCGCGAGCUUCCCUCCGAAAUGAUGCCUGCCAGCUUACAAAAGUCUUUGGCAGUCCAGCUUGAAAAGGAAAACCCAAACUACAAGAACGUCGGUCAACCGGCUUCACAACUCCUCCGCGAUGCCCUUUCCGAUCUCCCACCUUACAACUACUACCUCCUCUUCGCCAUCACCUGCCACCUUUCUCUGCUUCUCACCAACAAGGAAGUCAACAAGAUGGACCUCAACAACCUCGCCGUCUGCGUUGGUCCUUGUCUGAACCUCGAGCGCUGGCUAUUCAAUUAUCUCGUAGGUGACUGGCGGCACUGCUGGCAAGGCUGCUAUACCGAAAAAGACUACCUCAAAAUCGAAGAGAUGGUAGAAGCCGGCCUCGAACCUCCACACAACUCCCACCACGAAUCUUACAAGACUCCUGAAGGCGAGUUCCGCGACGACAAAUCCCUCACCCAGUCGAUGUGGGCCGCCACCCUCGGCGAUGACAAGUCCGCCACCAACCGCUCCGAGUGGGCAACCACCAUCGGUGACUCCUCCGAGAACGUUUCGAACUCCGAUUCCCGCGCAUACAGCAAUGGUGGUGGCAGUGUGCACACCACUUCUCACGACGAUAGCCGCUCAAUGACCAGCGGCGCCACUGUCAGCGGUCGGGCGAAGCAGCCUCAGACAUAUAUGCCAGUCGGUGCUAAGCCGCACGCGAACGGCAGUCUCUCUUCGGCUGCGGAGCAGCGCCACGCAAAGGAUGAUGCAGUGAUUGGCACAACUUCCAACGAGACCACCCCGAAGAUUGGCCAUGCCCGGAGUCGAAGUGACUUGCCCCCAGCACCUGUCAAAUCGAAUGGUGGUGGUCAUGAUGGCGAAGGUGCUGGGCUUUAUGGGCGAGGAUGAAGAUGGUUAGAGU